AUGGCGGCGCUGGCGAAGGGCGUGUGCUGGGCGGCGAGGCCGCUGCUGCCCGUGGUCCAGACUUGCGACGUGGACGCGCGGCGCUGGGUCCGGGCGCUGCGGCGGAGCCCGGUGAAAGUGGUGUUUCCGCCGGGACACGCGGGGCGGAAGCGCGCCCCUGACGAGCCGGCGUCCGAGGCCAGUUCCCGGGGGCAGCUACCAAAACAACCACUUCAGAUGUCCCCAUGCCAGACGCCUAGCCCCUGGGAGGAAGCAGGGCUUCGCUACGAUAAGGCUUUUCCUGGCGACAGGAGACUGAGCAAUGUAAUGACAAUAGUUAAGUCCAGGCCAUUUCGGGAAAAGCAAGGGAAGAUCCUGUUGGAAGGUCGCAGGCUGAUUGCAGAUGCUCUCAAGGCUGGAGCUGUGCCACAAGUGUUUUUUUUCAGCCGUCUGGAAUACAUAAAGGAGUUGCCAGCCGAUAAGCUGAAAGGUGUCAGUCUCAUCAAGGUGAAGUUUGAGGAUAUCAAGGAUUGGUCGGACGUAGUAGCGCCACAAGGAAUAAUGGGGAUUUUUGCCAAGCCUGACCACAUUAAGAUGGCAUAUCCCAGGACUCAGCUUCACCAUUCACUGCCCUUAGUGCUGAUUUGUGACAAUGUACGUGACCCCGGGAACCUGGGGACAAUUCUGAGAUCUGCAGCUGGAGCAGGCUGCAGCAAAGUCCUUCUCACUAAAGGCUGUGUGGAUGCCUGGGAACCCAAAGUGCUACGGGCAGGCAUGGGGGCACAUUUCCAGGUACCUGUUGUGAACAAUCUGGAAUGGGAAACAGUGCCCAAUUACUUGUCCCCUGAAACCCGGGUCUACGUGGCAGAUAACUGUGGACUCUAUGCCCAGGCUCAGAUGUCUAACAAAGCUAGCGACAAGGACUCGGCAUGUGAUCCACGAUUCCUGAAGUUUCACAAGUACAAGGAAGAUGAGAAUCAAGACAGUGAAACCAGUAAAGCUUGGCUCCCUGAACUGGAGGUCCAGAGUUAUGACUUGGACUGGACAGGGACACCAGCUGCUGUGGUGAUAGGCGGGGAGACUCACGGUGUGAGCCUGGAGUCCCUGCAGUUGGCCGAGAGCACUGGGGGCAAGAGGCUGUUGAUCCCUGUAGUGCCUGGUGUGGAGAGCUUGAACUCGGCUAUGGCAGCUAGCAUCCUCCUCUUUGAAGGGAAAAGGCAGUUGCGGGUCAAGGCGGUGCACUUUACCAGGGACAGGAGUUACUACUGAGGCGACCCAGGAAUCCCCUGCUCCUGCUACACCUGAACUUCACUGGGAGGCUGGCAGAGGUGGUGGUGGCUUCCGGGACUACGUGAGGAGAUAAAGAUACGAACUUCCAUUUCUGCCUUUUCCCCAUCAAGCAGCAAAAGUCAAAAUUCUUCCUGGGAUCUGUCACUACCAAUUUUGAGAGUAUAUUUUUUCCUCUUGUUCAGGUGACAACAGCAAUGGAUGAGCCAUGUUGCUCAUGUGUUUGGUUCUGAAAAUUAUCGAGUAGGAUGUAGCUCAGUGGUCAAAUGCUUGCUUAACAUGCAUGAGGCCCUGGGUGCCAUCUCUAGCACUGGAGAAAAAUAGCCUUUUUUUCACAGAAAGUUCCUGAAGGUUCAUCCUUGGGCAGAGAUAACCCCUUGGGCUAGCUGGUAGGUAUUUUGCAGUCAUCAAGCUUUGGUUAUAGGGCACUGUCUGAUUAUUAGUAGAAAAUAAAUCCCUAAGAAAUUUG